UGGCUGCAAUGACCAACCCACAGAAAGUCAAGACCGAUUCGGAGCACGCUCGUCUCCAGAAUGACUUCGGAGCGGAUUACUGGAUUCGCAACCAGCAAGAACAUCGCCAUUCUACUGCUGGACGUGGCCUCUUCGCUGGUCUCCAGGAUGUGAAGAGCUACAACGUGGACAAUGGAUGGGCACGACGAAAGUCUGGGGAUGCGCAGACUGGCUUGUUUGGAUCUCUCUGGAAUCGAUUCGUUGGUGGAACUUACCACCCGCCCACUGAUUGAUCCAAUGAAAAGCCUCGCACAGAAUGCCACAUGUUUGGUGUCUGAUGUUUAAGAUUCAACGAUUGUAUAUAUUUAUUGUUUAAUGAGUUAAGACUCAGGAGUUAUGGGCA